AUGCGGGUCCCGUUGAGCGCUUUGUACCCGGUCUUCUCUCUCACCGUCUUCGGAUUAUACCCCUCUAUGGCUUCUAAUCUCUGGGUUUUUCUUUGCAAGUAUUUUUGUACAUACUUACAGACUAUUGGCCCCAAGGAGGGAUGGCAGGUGUACAGCUCAGCCCAGGAUGCUGACGGCCGCUGUAUUUGCACAGUGGUGGCACCAGAACAGAGCCUGUGCUCUAGAGAUGCCAAGAGUCGACAACUCCGCCAACUACUAGAGAAGGUGCAGAACAUGUCUCAGUCCAUCGAGGUGCUGAACUUGCGCACUCAGAGAGAUUUUCAAUAUGUCAUGAAGAUGGAGAACCAGAUGAAGGGCCUCAGGACCAAAUUCAGGCAGAUUGAAGAUGACAAGAAGUCCAUCAUGGCCAAAAAUUUCCAGCUGCGUUUCCCAUCUCUACCUCUGGUGCCUUCGGCCCUGCAGGAGCUUAAGGACAAGAUGGACGAGCUGAAGCCGUUGAUCCCUGUGCUGGAGCAGUAUAAGAUGGAUGCCGCACUCAUCUCCCAGUUCAAGGAGGAGAUCAGGAAUCUGUCCAUGGUGCUGACAGGGAUACAGGAGGAGCUCGGAGCAUACGACUACGAUGAGCUUUAUCAGCGAGUCCUUCGGCUGGACAGCAGGCUCCGAAGCUGUAUGGGCAAACUAACUUGUGGGAAAUUAAUGAAAAUCACUGGACCUAUAACAAUAAAGACAUCUGGAACUCGCUUUGGGACAUGGAUGACUGAUCCUCUAGGAACAACCAGAAACAACAGGGUUUGGUAUAUGGAUAGCUACAUGAACAGCAAAAUCGUGCGCGAGUUUAAAACAAUGGAAGACUUUGUAGCAGGAGUGGUUUCGCGAACCUACACCCUCCCAUUUAAAUGGGAGGGAACUAAUCACAUUGUCUACAAUGGGUCUCUUUUCUACAACAAGUACCAGACUAACAUAAUUGUCAAGUACAGCCUCGAGACGGGUAAUAUCCUGGCCCAGCGAGCAUUGGAAUUUGCUGGCUUCCACAACAUGUACCCGUACACUUGGGGUGGAUACUCUGACAUUGAUGUGAUGGCUGAUGAGCUGGGAAUGUGGGUUGUGUACGCAACCAAUCAGAAUGCCGGAAAUGUGGUCAUCUCUCAGCUGGACCCUGACACACUGCAGGUUCUGAAAACGUGGAACACCGAGUACUCCAAAAGGAAUGCAGGUGAAUCAUUCAUGAUCUGCGGAACGCUCUACAUCACUAACUCCCACCUGUCAGGAGCAAAGGUUUACUACGCCUACUCCACCAAGACGUCAACGUAUGAAUACAUAGACAUUCCUUUCCACAACCAGUACUUUCACAUCUCCAUGCUUGACUAUAAUGCCAGAGAGAGAGCUCUGUAUGCCUGGAACAACGGACAUCAGGUCAUCUUUAAUGUCACCCUGUUCCAUGUCAUAAAAACAGAUGACUCAUAAUUAUUGGACUUUUCCACCAGAAAUAAAAAAAAAGAAAGAAAAACGAUAAUUUGUGAUUCAAGAACUAACAACUUGUUCCUGCUUUCUCUUGUCAAACAAUACAUAUUUACUUGUUAUAACUUGGACUAAUAGAAUUUGUGGCUCUGUAUACUUGAAUAGAGCAUUGACUUUACUACAAAACAUGCUCAAUUAUUUUACACUUUGCCAUGGCUGCUUUUCAUACAGGUCUGCCUUAUUUGCUAUGUGUUGGCUUUUGUUGGCCAAAGACUCUGGACAGCAUCUGCAUGAAUGUCAACACGUUGUCAGCUAUGAUCUGCUAUUAUACAUCUGUGUUUCAUUGCAAAUCUGCCCCUAGUUUACAGUGUUUGCUUUAGUCUGUUUAAGAGCCUAUCGAAAAAGUAUUUCAACUUUAAAAGUAAAGGAAAGCAUAUUUGCCACAGUGUAUUUUCUGAAAUGUAGUAGCCAUUCUUUUAAAGAUGUCAAAUAUUGUUGUUCUGAAGUCUCUGUGAAAUAAUAUUUGUAUUUUUUAUAAACAAAAUCAUGGGUGAGUGAAAAUUAU